UCCAGUCAUUUCUCUCUUGUCCCGUGAAAAAUAUAUCUUAACCCACAACAACAACUACAACGCUGCUUCUCUUCUUUAAUUUUCAUUUUUCUCCCAAAAUGAGCGACGUGUUCGAAGGAUACGAGCGGCAGUACUGCGAGCUCUCCGCAAAUCUAUCCCGUAAAUGUAACUCUACUUCUCUUCUUCCCGAUGCAGAGGAGAAGAAGGAGAAGAUCUCCGAGAUUAAAUCUGGACUCGAUGAGUGUGAUGUCUUGAUUCGGAAAAUGGACCUAGAGGCGAGAAGUUUGCAACCGAGUGUUAAAGCUAUGUUACUUGCUAAAUUGAGAGAAUAUAAGUCUGAUCUUAACAAUUUGAAGAGAGAAUUUAAGAGGAUAACCUCGGGCAAUCCUUCUCAGGCUGAACUGCUGGAAUCUGAUUUGCACUCGGUUUCUGCAGAUCAAAGAGAAAGAGUGUCGAUGUCAGUAGAGAGACUAAACCAGUCAGGGGAUAGAAUUAAGGAGAGUAGAAGAACAAUGCUGGAGACUGAAGAGCUUGGUGUCUCAAUUCUUGAAGACUUGCACCAACAGCGCCAGACUCUCUUACAUGCUCAUAACAAGCUUCAUGGAGUAGAUGAUGCCAUUGACAAGAGUAAGAGAGUCUUGACAUCUAUGUCAAGAAGAAUUUCCAAAAACAAGUGGAUUGUUGGCUCAGUAAUCGCUGCUCUUGUGCUUGCAAUCAUCUUUAUUAUCUCAUUCAAGUUUUCUCAUCACUAAUGUGAUAAACACUCGGUAUUAUUUGGUAUCUGCUACACUCUGUAUGUGUAUUUUGUAAAUAGAAUUAUCAGUCAUCGACUAAACAUCUGCCCUUGCCGUUCAUGCUGUAUCUUUGAAAUCAUAUUUGUUUGGCAGUUAUUUUA